AUGGCACAAAUGAGUUGGAAUAAUUUUUAUCACAAAACAUAUCAAACAUUGGAUGUUGAAGGACUUAGCCGUGAUGAAAGAUUAGAACGAUUUAAAAAGCUUGAAUGUUUAUUAGAAAAUUGGUGCGAUCCUUUAAGGAAAAUAAUUCUUUCAAGAGAAAAUUUUAGAGUCUUCACAGAUUCUGUCUAUUAUAAUAGACCAGACUCCUUUUUAUUAUUUUUGGAUUAUUUGGAAGAUUCUAAACAUUUAAUUAAUGGAGCCAAAAAAGAAGUUGAUAGAAUUUAUGAGCGAAAAAAGGAUAAGAAAAAUGUUCAAUUCUUCCGGCAACAAUUAAUUAGGCGACAAACUGCUAAUGAAUGAAUAAAUUUAUUUUUCGGGAAGUUAUUGACAAUUAUUAUUAGAGCGCGGGAUUUUCAAUAAACCUUUACCUUGAUCCUUGACUUUGAUUUUAAAUAAGGACCUUGACCAGAUUCUUGACCUUGAGUUAAGAAAAAAUCAAGGAACGCUGAAAAAAUGCCUUGAUCUGGACUCUGUAUCCAGAAAAAAUCAAGGUCUGGAUUUUUCAAUAAACCUUUACCUUGAUCCAGCCCGCUCUCUAAUUAUUAUUGAAAUUUUAUUUGGCGAUUUUGUACAUUAUUUUUAUU